AUGAAUUCAGCUGAAAUCACUGAUGAUGAUGAAGUAAAAAUUCCUAAAAAAAAUGUGAAAGUAGAAACAGAAAAUGAAGACGAAGCUCUGGACUGCUCCGUGACAUCCAGAUCUGCUGAGAAACACUCACUGGAUGGCACAGUCACUUGCCUACAGGAUUCCAACAAACGCAAACAGACCUCACUGGGCUGCGAUGGGUCAGGUCAGCAAGAUGCCUUACCCAGCGUGAAGAAGAGACGCUUUGCGCAAGAGGGCUCCCUGUCCAACAUGAGGAACAGAGAGACUGGCUCACCCCCUCAGGUAAACGCAGAGCAGCCAAACAAGAACAAGAACUCUACAUGGCUCUGCGAGGAAGAAUCUUUCAGUGACAUAAUCACUCCGUCGUAUAAAAAACCUCUCUAUGGCAUCUCGCACAAAAUCACGGAGAAGAAGAACCCGCCGGGAGCAGAGCAGUUUGCUUCCUACGAGUUGUUUGAGAAAAUCAACCCCAGCAGUCCCUCGCACGUUCGGACUCUGAACGAGCAGCGCAAAAGAGACUCGGCCGCGGCCAUUGCUGCGGCGGCGGCCGCGGCGGAUUCUGACUCAAAUAUAUAUUCUUUGAUACAGAAAAUGUUUUACACCCUUAACACCCUCAAUACCAACAUGACUCAGCUGCACAGUAAAGUUGACCUGCUGUCUCUGGAGGUGAGCAGGAUUAAAAAGCAGGUCAGUCCAGCGGAGUCGGUCGCUGACUUCAAGCCUCCCCCGGAGUACCAGCUGACCUCGGCGGAGCUCAAGCAGAUCAUGGAUCAGAGCACGUCGGGCGGAGAUCUCGCCUGUCGGCUGCUCGUGCAGCUCUUCCCAGAGCUCUUCAGCGACGACGAGUUCGGCAGGAGCUGCAGCGCCUGUGGCUUUCUCAACAAAAGGAAACUUGAAUCUCUUCAUCUGCAGCUUAUCCGUAACUACGUGGAAGUUUGUUAUCCUUCUGUGAAGAAUACAGCUGUGUGGCAGGUGGAGUGUUUGCCUCAAGUCAAUGAUUUCUUCAAUAGGUUUUGGGCUCAAAGGGAAAUGGAAAACAGUCAGCAGAAUGUGCAAUCAUCCAGUUUUUAUGACAGUGAGCAGGUCGAAUCCUCUCAUUUUAUGGAGGAUAAAGAGCAGGAGGAAGCUUUGUCCUUGGACAGGAGUAAUGUGAUUGCUUCAGAUUACAUGCUGGAUGCUCAGGAUCUCAAUGAAUUUUUAGAUGAAGCUUCUUCUCCAGGGGAAUUUUCCGUUUUUUUGUUACACAGACUGUUUCCAGAACUCUUUGACCACAGAAAAUUAGCUGAAAGGUACAGCUGCUUUGGAGACUCUGGAAAACAGCUGCUGGAUCCUCAUCGGCUCCAAAUAAUCCGUCGGUACACUGAAAUUUACUUCCCGGAUGUGCAGGAAGAAGAAGCCUGGUUGCAGCAGUGUGUCCAGCGAAUAAACGAUGAGCUUGAAAGUACCUACAUGGAUGGCAGUGAAUGUGAUCAGAUGAGAGAUGACUGUUACGAUUCUUCUAGUUUACCAGAUGAUGUAUCCAUCAUAAAAGUGGAAGACAGUUUCGAGUACGAAAAACCCGGCAGGAGGUCAAAAAAAAUUUGGCUUGUACCCAUAGAUUUUGACAAACUUGACUUUCCCCCUCCCGAUUUCGACGUCCCUGUGCCUGAUUACCUGUUGAACAAAGAACAGAUUAAAAGCAUAUAUGAAAGCAGUCUUUCCAUAGGCAACUUUGCCUCUCGAUUGCUUGUCCUCUUAUUUCCUGAACUGUUCACCCAUGAAAACUUAAGGAAGCAAUACAACUGUAGCGGAUCUUUAGGCAAGAAACAGCUUGACCCCACUAGAAUUAAAUUAAUUCGCCAUUACGUGCAGAUACUGUACCCCAGAGCAAAGAAUGACAGAGUGUGGACCUUGGAGUUUGUCGGGAAGCUGGACGAGCGGUGUCGACGAAGAGACACGGAGCAGAGGCGCUCGUACCAACAGCAACGGAAAAUCCACGUGCCAGGGCCUGACAGGAGGGAAUUUCUCACCUAUGCAAUAAACCCCGAGAGGUUUCGAGAGGAAUUCGAAGGGCCACCACUGCCACCAGAGAGAAGCAGCAAGGAUUUUUGCAAGAUACCACUCGAUGAACUCGUUGUUCCUAACCCAGACUUUCCUGUGCCUUCUUUGUAUUUGCUGUCUGAUAAGGAGGUAAGGGAGAUAGUGCAGCAGAGCCUGUCGGUUGGCAACUUUGCUGCCAGGCUCCUCGUAAGACUCUUCCCUGAACUCUUUACUCCGGAGAACCUCAGGCUGCAAUACAACCAUUCAGGUGCUUGUAACAAAAAACAGCUGGACCCCAUCAGACUGAGACUGAUCCGUCACUACGUGGAGGCAGUUUAUCCUGUGGAGAAAAUGGAAGAAGUGUGGCAUUAUGAAUGUAUACCCAGCAUUGAUGAGAGGUGCCGGCGGCCGAACCGGAAAAAGUGUGAUAUACUGAAAAAAGCAAAGAAAGCAAAAAAAGUGACAGGCUCUUUAAAUUGCUAA